AUAUGGGGGAUUACAGUGAAGCUGAUGGUAUUGCGUUGAAAAGGCUGGCUGAAGAAAGGAAAGCCUGGCGUAGAGAUCAUCCAUUCGGGUUCGUUGCUAAGCCUACUAAGAACGCUGAUGGCACUCUAGACCUCAUGACUUGGGAUUGUAGUAUUCCUGGUAAAAAAGGAACUUUGUGGGAAGGUGGACUUUUCCAUCUUCGUAUGUACUUUAAGCCUGAAUACCCUACGACCCCGCCCAAGUGCAAAUUCGAGCCGCCUCUAUUUCAUCCCAAUAUUUUCCCUUCAGGAACAGUUUGUCUUUCACUUCUAGACGAAGAAAAACACUGGCGUCCUGCGGUUACCAUUAAGCAGAUACUUUUGGGGAUUCAAGAUCUGUUAGAUCACCCUAAUCCUAAGGACCCAGCACAGGCAGACGCAUAUACACUGUUUAUUCAAAACCGCAAGGAUUAUGACUAUAGAAUAAAGAAGCAGGCUGAGCUCUUUCGUAAUCCGAACCUCUCCUAA